UCUCUCUCUCCCCCUUUGACUUGCCCUAACCCUAAACCACCGCUCCCUUAAAACAAUUCCCACACCCACUUCCCUCCUUCCUCCUCCCUGAAAACCCCCUACCCCCCUCCCUCAUCAUCACACCACCAGGUUACCAAACAAGUACUCCCCAAGAGAAUUGAUCCGUCAUGGGGCUCUUUUGCACUUCCAUUUCAGCAGCUUUUGGUUCCUAGAGAGAGAGAGAGAGAGAGAGAUUAGAAAAGCAAAGAAAGGAGAGACAGAUCGCUGCCUUCCUUUUCCCUUUAACUCAUAUUUUUCUUUCUCUCUUCAUCAAAUUGUCACCCUUCUCGAUCUUUGGUUCAUAAAUAUCUCCUCUUAGCUUCGUCUGCACUGUUCCAUUUCCUGAGGCUGCACGCUAGUUUGUGUUCUGUUUACGCAGAAGAGAAGAAGAAGAAGGAAGGAAUAGGAUUUAAGGAAUUCAUGGAUCGAAUUACAGCCUCCACACAUGGCCAUCUCCCUCCUCUUUUCCACAGCCCGGACUUCCACUCCCUCCACCACUACCAACACCUUCAGCAACAGCAGCACCCGAUGCCGCCUAAGAUCGAAGAAGAGCACAACGGCAGCACCGGUAUUCAUGGCAGCAGGAAGCGCGACCACGACGACAGUAACGAUGAUGGGAACAACAAUUCCAACGGCGGCGAGUCCAAGGAGCUGGUGCCGACGACGUCCGCUGGAGGAGGGGACGGGGAGAUCAUGCGCCGGCCGCGCGGCCGCCCCGCCGGGUCCAAGAACAAGCCGAAGCCACCAAUCAUCAUCACCAGGGAAAGCGCCAACGUGCUGAGGUCCCACGUGAUGGAGAUCGCUGGUGGGUGCGAUAUCGUUGAGAGUAUCGCCACCUUCGCCUGCCGCAGGCACCGCGGCGUCUGUAUCCUUAGCGGGAGUGGCACCGUCGUCAACGUCACCCUGCGCCAGCCGGCCUCCCCCAGUGCAGUCGUCACUCUCCACGGACGGUUCGAGAUCCUCUCCCUCUCCGGAUCCUUCCUUCCGCCGCCCGCCCCACCCGCGGCCACCGGCCUGACAAUCUACUUGGCCGGCGGGCAGGGCCAGAUCGUGGGUGGGAGCGUCGUAGGGGCACUAAUAGCAUCAAGCCCGGUGAUUAUAAUGGCAGCAUCCUUCGGAAACGCAGCCUACGAGAGGCUGCCACUGGACGAGGAGGAGCCUCUACAAGCUCAGCAAGGCGGUCUUGGGUCGCCCGGACUGGUAGGGCAGUCGCCCCCACCGCAGCAGCAGUUACUUGACCCCAACAAUCCACUUCUCCAUGGCCUGCCGCCGAACCUGCUAAACAAUGUACAAUUGCCUGCCGAGGCUUACGGCUGGGCCACCGGCGGAGGAGGACGCACGCCCUACUGAUCCCAGCGAUAACGCACUACAGCGUUGUACAAAACUAUGAUUUCUUGGAGUCUCGACUUCGGUGGUAGAAAGAGCUUACGGGUAUAAGCCAUGGACGAUGAUGAGAAUGGAGUACAUGCUUUUGCAUAUUUGCCGCUGACUGUUAAUUGGAUUCCACCAUUGCCUCCUUAUUCCGCUCAAGGAGGAAAGAGAGGAGGAAAUCUGAAGUCUAAUUGUGCUUGCACUCUUUCUCCCAUUUGAAGUCUUGUAUUGUACACCAAUAUCAGCUUCUGCUUAGAGCUGCUAAUAUAACAGUGCUUUCUUUUGGAGAGAGAUUA